AUGACAGAUUCUCUUCACACAGUUUAUGCAGGUGCAUUCAAGCAACUCUUACAUCUUUUAUUUGAUUCAGAAUAUCGUCGGGAACGUUGGUCUUUGUUUAAGAAAAUAAAUCUAGUUGAUGACUUAUUAUCAUUAAUUCAAGUUCCAUCAACAACACAGCGUCGAUGUCGUUCAAUCAAGUACAUUUCUAAAUAUAAAGGAAGUGAAUUCCGUUGCUUAUUUCAUUUUGGUUCAACAGCUAUUAUACAAUGUAUGGAUGAUAAUUCAUUAAAAACUUUGUUAUUGUCAUUUGUAACAGCAAUUAAUCGAGCAUCAGCUAAUUAUGUAACAGAUGAAAGUAUUGAAACUAUUAGAAAGUUAUUAAAUUAUUUUGUUCAACAAUUUCAAGAAAUAUUUGGUUUACGUCAUAUGAGCUCAAAUGUCCAUUCUCUGUUACAUUUGCAUGAAAGUUUAAAUUUCAUGGGUCCAUUGUGGUUUUAUUCUACAUUUACUUUUGAAGGAAUCGACAAGGAUUUGAUAAGUACAGUUCAUGGUACAACAGAAUUUGCUAAACAACUUAUCCGACAACAUAUUUUGUAUCGUGAUGCUAUCGUUCAGCAUAAAAAUGAACAUUAUCCAAUGAUUUUAUUUAAAUUCAAUGAAAAUUUACUUAAUCGAAAGCAAAGCAAAAUUCACUAUAAAAAUUUUGUUGAUUUAUGCUAUUUACCGAACCCUGUAUCUAAAGAAUUGUACGAUACAAGUGAAAAUGGUAUUGCAACAAAUGUUCAAUCUUUGUUUAAUGACAAUCUAACAUUUUAUCAUUCUUUAAUAAUAUCAGAUGUUCUAUUGAAAACCACAGUAAUCAAUCAUGGUAAAUUAGUAGGUGAUAAUUGUAUCUCGUUUCAUUUUGAUAAUGAUAAAACAAGAUAUGGACUUAUUAGAGCUAUUGUUAAAUCGAAACAAGAUAGUGUGCGUUUAUUUAUUGAAGAACUUAUUGAGAGAAAAUCUGAAGGAUCAAAAUUCAAAUUCAAAAUUAAUGAUGAACAAUAUCAACUUCCAUUUAUAUUUCGUUUAAAACGUUCAAACAUUUUUCAUCUUAAACAUCCUAAAUGGAUUUUUAAAAAAAAUGCUAUUGUAUGUGAACCUGGCAACUGUGUGACUGUUUUAGAAUAUCCAAACUUGAAAGACAGUAGUUAA